AGAAGAGACAGAGAGAAGGAGGAGAAGAAGAAGAAGAGGAGGAGAGGGGAAAGCGCAGAGAGAGAGAGAGAGAUCCGGGGAGAAAUGCCCGCUGGACGGAUGGAUUUUAUUUUCCCCGAGCUGUUCGAGCCUCUGUAAAACAACAUGGGCUGCAUAGGAUCCCGGACGAUCACGGUGGAUGCGGUGCCAGUACGGAAAGAUGGGGAUCAGCAUGGCCGUACCGAGUUUUCCUGGGAAGGAAUCAAUUUGUCCAUGGAGGACACUACUUCCAUUCUGCCUCGUCUCAAGAGGAAGCCCGCCCAGACCUAUGGGAUCGGUGCCCUGGCUAAGUCCUCUCUGACAGGUGUGUCAGGUGUAACUCGCUCCAUGAAGGACAAAGUGACCAAGCCCACCGCCAUGGCCCAGGGUCGCGUUGCCCACAUGAUAGAGUGGCAGAGCUGGGGCAAACCAUCCGCGGGGCCCAUGGGGAGCGUGGGACACACCAACCUGCAGAGGGAAAAGGAGAGGAGGAUGGAGAACGACGCUUACAGCGACCUCAGUGAUGGCGAGAAGGAGGCUCGCUUUGCUGCAGGCAUCAUGCAGCAGUUUGCGAUAUCUGAGGCGACUUUGUUCGGCUGGAACUCGAUGGAUGGGGAGAGUAUGGGAGCUGGCUCCAACCAGGGCAGCGUCGCUCACCUCAGUGAGGUCAACCAGGAGAGCAUCACCAGCAGAGACCAAGUGCUCCACCACUCCUCGGCGGAUGUCUGGCCUCACACCUAUGUCUCACAGGGCCUGUACUGCCUGUCAUCUUCUGACGCCUGGGACCCAAUCACCAGCCAGCCCUCGGGCAUGGCCUCUCCUGCUGCAGGCUCCUAUAUCAUGGCUCCAGGUGGCAGCAGUGGAGCAGGGGGAACACCUGGUGAGUGCUUCGAGGGGACGGUAGGAGGUUACCUUCAGCAGCACCACGCUCAUCUCGCCCUGCAGCAGCAGAGCCAACUCCAACAGCUCCAACAACUUCACCAGUACCAGCAGCAACAGCUUCUGCAGUACCAACAACAACAACAACAGUCUAUGGAGCAAAGGCUACAUAGUGCCUCCCCUUCCCUCCAAGCCACUCCCAACAGCACCAUCCACAGUCUCGGCCCUCCCACCCACCCUCGGCUAGCUGACCUGUGGGGAGCUGCGCAGGUUGAGCCACACCACGUGGAGAUUGUUGGGCAGCUGAGCGGACAAAUGGCUGAUAUGGUCGGAGGAGUUGUGGAGACAGUCGGGGAGGAGUCGGAGUCUGGAGGCAUCCCUGAGCAGCAUGAGGAGGAGGAGGAGGAGCUGACAAAGAUAGAAGAGGUAACAUUAACCUUGGAGCCGGAGCCGUGCUCUUUGACCCCGUCCCCACUGAGGGAGGAGGGCCCCUCGACCAGAGGCUCAAGCCCCGGACUGCCAUCACAGACUGCCGAGCCUGCCGCGGAGAGGAUACCGUUUGACGUCACGCCCUGCGUCGUCCAAUCACUAGAGGAGAAGGAUGAAGAGGCGGACGAGGGCUCCGUUGUUAUCGUUGCGACCAACUGAAUUAUAAAACUGACAAAAACAGGAAAUAAAUACUUCAAUAAUCAAUCAAGCUAUUCUAUCCCAACCCCAACCCCCUCCCAACUAUUUACCAACUUUGAGUGUGAGGAAACACAAGAAGACUUUUUCAGAUGAAAACGUGGGAUGUAAUGUACACAAACUAAAUGCCAAGAAGCCCCCAAAGUAACUGCGGGAUCUGUGGAAUAUUAUGUAUGUGACAAUGAAAAUUAAAAGUAGACAAGAGACUUGAAUUCAGUGACUGCUGAAACAAGCUGUGUGAAGAUCAGAUGGGUUCACAACAAGUUUGGACCAAUCGGACCAAAGAACCAGGACUGAGAGCCGAACAGUAGGAUGGAUGUAAAAUCCUCAAAUGAAAAAAAAAGAAAAAGGUAGGACAUGAGGAGGAGAGAAAGGGCCUAGUUAAAAAUCAGUAUCAGCGCAAUACAACAAACAUGGACACAACAAGGUCAAACAGUAUCUGCAAAUAACUCUGAGCAGUUGGUUCAGGUGUAGCGUGUCACAUCGGAAAAAACCCUGUGAACCAGAAACUUCACCUGGUCACAGAGUUUGACUUGCUGAGUGAUGUAUUUGGCUUUGAUUGACAGCUUGUCUGAGCCCAAGUUGAGACGUUCUGAUGAGGUAAAUACAUAGUGACCUGUGGCACACACUUGGAGUUAUUUGCAAACAUAUUAUCUGGACACAACCAAAAGAAAGUGCAUGCUUUUUAACAGUGACCUAGCCCUAACAGUAUAACACAGUAUACAAAGUAAUAAUAUAUCAAAUUGCUUUUUCUAAAAAAUGAAAAAAAAAUCCAAUAAACUGAUAUGUAUUUGUAUGAAUGUAAGACUGUAUGUAUGUAUAGUAUGUAUGUAUGUAUGAAUGUAGCUUUGUUUGUGUGUAAAAUAUAUUUAUU